AUGCGCUCUCACCCGGGUGCUACCACACCAGCCCUGUACAUAUUUUGGAUCACUAUGGCGCAGGUCGCUGGCCAGGAGGACAGAGAAAAAACCACAGCGCUCAAAGAUUUGCUUUCAAGAAUAGACCUAGAUGAACUGAUGAAGAAAGAUGAACCUCCUUUCACAUUCCCCAAAACACUGGAGGAGUUUGGUUAUGCCUUCAAUGAAUAUGGUCAGCUCCGACAUGUAAAAUCAGGCGAACCAUUUGUAUUCAAUGCCAGAGAGGAUCUCCAUCGAUGGAACCAGAAACGCUACGAGGCUCUUGGAGAGAUCAUCACUCAGUAUGUUUAUGAGCUGUUGGAGAAAAAGUGCAACCUGACUAAAGCAAUGCUGCCAGUGGACGCUACUGAAGAUGAGCCCACCAGUUUUAUCUAUGUGAGCCCGGAUGCUUUGACCAACCCAUCCAAAUUGUUGGUACUUAUCCAGGGCAGUGGCGUGGUGAGGGCUGGUCAGUGGGCUCGCAGACUAAUCAUCAAUCAAGAUCUGGACUCAGGGACACAGAUUCCCUUCAUUAACAGAGCCAUGGAGGGAACCUUUCAGGUGCACUAA